UCGUGCUCAAGAGGCUCGUGCAGCAGCUGCGGCGGCGAUGCCACCGCCGCCGCCCCGAAAUCCCGUGGUGGUGCAACCAGGAGGAGUGAUGGUACAAGGAGGGAUGGAGACACAAGGAGGAGCACCACAACAAGCUUUUGCACAAGCUCCUGGUCAACAAAUGGUGACGAUGACCAGGGAGGAGAUGCAGAGGAUAGCGGCAGCUGCAGCGGCGCAGGCGGUGCAGCAAUUAUUUGGUCAUCAGUCGCGGGCUGCCCGACAAGAAGCCAUGAGGGUUCUGAUGAACAUGACCAUGCGCGAGGGCACUCCCGUAAGGGAACAUGUUCUUGCUAUGAUGGCCCAGCUGAAUGAGCUGGAAGUUCUUGGGGCUUUUAUUGACGGGGAAACCCAGGUCGAUAUAGUGCUCCAGUCUUUGCCGAAAAGCUUCGAGCAAUUCCGGUUGAAUUACAACAUGAAUAAGAUGUUGAUGACUCUUCCGGAACUUGUCUCUGAACUUCAGUCGGCAGAGGGCCUGUUUCGUCAGAAGACCCAAGCUAUGGUGGCCCAGCGGGGAGAAGCUUCCACUUCUAAGGCUCCUAAGGACAAGAAGAGGAAGAAGUCCGCAGGAAAGGGCAAGGCGGUCAUGAGUGACGCGCAACCUCGACAAAAAGCGAUGAAGCCAAAAGGCAAGUGCCACAAUUGCCAGCAGAAAGGACACUGGAAGGCAAACUGCCCUUUCCCCAAAAAUUGCAGGGCAUUUCUAUCGACCCUCAGGGGAGGCGCCCUCGAUUGGUUCCAGCAGCUCCCUCCAGGCUCGAUCGCAGACUUUGAGGAUUUUGCGGAGAAGUUGACGAAUCAAUACUCGAGCGCAGUGGCUCAAGAGAAGACGUUCUUAACCCUGAUGGCGAUGAGACAAGGCGAGAAGGAGUCACUGCGCAAAUAUAUAGCCCGAUACAACCAGGCUUGUUUGGAGAUACCGUCGGCGGUCGAUGAGGUUAAAUCGGAGGGAUUGAUAAGGAGUUUACGAGCAGGACCAUGUCGGACCUCUCUGGCUAAGACCCUUGCUCAUAUUUAUGAUGAGGUUUUGAAGAGGUGUAGGAAAUAUAUUAAUCUCGAGGAGACUGAGGCGGAGUUUGCCAAACUAGAGGAGUUCGGUCGUGGGGAGUCGAAGAAGGAGAAAGCAGAAUUGGGGGAGCCAGUGAGAUCGAGGCUGAUUAGUAUGAUAAGGGAAUUUGCGGAUGUGUUCGCAUACUCGACGGAGGAGUUGACUGGCAUCAAGGCUGAAGUUAUCGAGCACCGGUUGAAUAUUGAUCUCAGUAUAAGGCCGGUGAAGCAAAAGAGGAGACAUCACGGGGCCGAAAUGGAUAAAGUGAUUGAGUUGGAGGUAGAAAAGCUCUUGAUGGCAGGCCACAUAAAGGAGAUCCAAUUCCCAAAGUGGCUAUCGAAUACGGUGAUGGUCUCAAAGUCAGAGGGGAAAUGGCGGAUGUGCAUAGAUUUUCGGGAUUUGAAUAAGGCAUGCCCGAAGGACUUAUAUCCACUACCCAGGAUCGACCAGCUGGUCGAUUCCACGACCGGAUGUGAGCUACUCAGCUUGAUGGAUGCAUCCCAGGGGUAUCAUCAAAUCCCAAUGGCGCGAGAAGAUUGGAAGAGGGUCAGUUUUGUGACAAGCCGAGGAACCUACUAUUAUGUGGUAAUGUCGUUCGGUCUAAAAAAUGCAGGAGCAACAUAUCAGAGAUUGGUGGAUAAAAUCUUUAAGGAGCAGCUGGGGAGGAACAUGGAG